AUGGCGGCGAUCUCUGAGGCAGAAGUUUUUACGGCCGGUAGUUUUUAAGGGCGUCUUCUCCCUCUGAGGAGCAGCCCAAUCCCUUCCCAAGAUGGCUGCCUCAGCCGCCCACACGACGGCGUCGUCUUCUCUUCCGCCGCUCCUGCCACUCUUAAGAUGGCUUCCUGGGUGCCCCGUGACCGCGCCUCCCCUAAGAUGGCCGCCAGCCCCGCCUCUGCUCCCUUCCUCUCCCUUGUCUUUUGAAUAAACUUUAUUGAGAAGCCGGAGUAGAAACAGGAUCUUGGGCCUAGGCGAGGCCUGCUCCGACGCAGAGGAGCCCUUUCGGGCUGGGAAGGCCUCCAUCCCCGGGCUGGGGCAGACGCUCCCGCUGGGGAGAGAAGGCCCGGGGCCUCGGAGGGAGGAGGAGCCGACGGGCCUGUGGCCAGAAGAAGCCGAAGAGCGGCCGCCUGGGCACCGAGGCCGCCAGCAGCAGAGAUUUCGUCCCUCCCUCGGUUUCGAGAGGGGCCCGGUCCGAGGCCGCCCUUGGAGGGGAGAGGAGCAACUUUGGACUGGGAGGGGGGGCCUGGUGGGCGAGGGGUCUUGUAUGUGACCCCCUUAAUUGUGGGAGACGGAGGCUGCAGGCGGCUGAGGGGGGAGGGGGGAGGCAGACCUGGGGGGGAUGUUUUGAUUCCUAAAACUUGAAGGGCUGCAGAGACUGUUUCUAGGCGCGCGCCCCCCUUCCUCUGUUUGGGGGUCGAAAGAGGCGGCCUGGACAGAAGCACAAGUGGCCACAUUUGACUUUUGAGUAGGGGGUCUGGAACUAAGGGGGGGGAACCCCCCCAAAUCCAGCAUCCCCCCACCCCAUAUGCACGCACUCAGCUGGGAGUAAGACUGUGCUUUGCCUUCAGACCAUUCAACAUGGUGCACUUCCUGGGCAGCUAGAUGUCCUUUGGGUGCUGACUGGGCAUCAGGGUGGCCUCUCUGCUUGGGCCUGGAGCCGCCCCCUCUUGCGCCAUGGCCUCUGUCCCCGUGUAUUGCCUCUGCCGCCUGCCCUACGAUGUCACCCGCUUCAUGAUCGAGUGCGACGUGUGCCAGGACUGGUUUCAUGGCAGCUGUGUUGGGGUGGAAGAGGAUGCAGCAGCUGACAUUGACUUGUACCACUGCCCUAACUGCCAGCUACUUCACGGGCCGUCUGUCAUGAAACGGCGCCGGGGGAUCCAGAAGCAGCUCGAUUCAACUGCCAGCAAAGAAGUGGGCAAGACAGUGAAGACCGGUACCUCCCAGUUCAUCAAAGAACUCCGCAGCAGGACAUUUCCUAGUGCGGACGAGGUUAUCCUGAAGCCGAGUGGAGCCCAGCUGACGGUGGAGUUCCUGGAAGAGAACAGCUUCAGUGUGCCCAUACUAGUCUUGAAGAAGGAUGGGCUAGGCAUGACUCUCCCGCCAGCUUCCUUCGGUGUGCGGGAGGUGGAACAUCACGUGGGGGCCGACAAGGAGAUUGAUGUCAUCGAUGUGACCCGCCAGGCAGACCUCAAGAUGCGCCUGGGGGAUUUUGUGAACUACUACUGCAGCAGCCGCCGGGAGAAGGUCCUUAACGUCAUCAGUCUGGAGUUCUCAGAGACCAGGCUCUCUAACUUGGUGGAGACCCCCAAAAUUGUACGCAAGCUCUCUUGGGUGGAGAACCUGUGGCCAGGAGAAUCGGUCUUCGAGCGGCCCAAUGUCCAGAAGUACUGCCUGAUGGGGGUCCGGGACAGCUAUACGGACUUCCACAUUGACUUUGGGGGCACCUCCGUCUGGUACCAUGUGCUGCGGGGAGAAAAGAUCUUCUACCUGGUGCGCCCCACGGCUGCCAACUUGACGCUCUUUGAGGCAUGGAGCAGUUCGUCCAACCAGAAUGAAAUGUUCUUUGGGGACCAGGUGGACAAGUGCUAUCGCUGCCCUGUCCGCCAAGGCCAGACGCUCUUCAUACCCACAGGUUGGAUCCAUGCUGUUCUGACCCCUGUGGACUGCCUCGCCUUCGGGGGCAACUUCCUCCACAGUCUCAACAUUGAGAUGCAGCUCAAGGCCUAUGAGAUUGAAAAACGCCUCAGUACAGCCGACCUCUUCAAGUUCCCCAACUUUGAAACCAUUUGCUGGUAUGUUGGCAAGCACCUUCUGGACAUCUUCCGAGGUCUUCGGGAGAACCGCAGGCACCCCGCUGCGUACUUGGUUCAUGGGGCCAAAGCCCUGAACACAGCCUUCCGCUCCUGGACCAAGAAAGAGGCCCUGGCUGAGCACGAGGAAGAAAUCCCUGGCCCCAUGCGCCCGGCACAGCUCAUCAAAGACCUGGCCAAGGAAAUCAGACUUGUGGAAGAUAUAUUCCAGCAGAACAUUGGGAAGACGGGCAGCCCGUUCGGCUUGCAAAGGGGCGCACAGCCUGGCAGUGCUGCCAAGAAAGGAGACCAGAGUCCUAAGGAGCCAGGCCGGAAAGGCAGCCGCCGAGACAUGGCUGUGGUCAAAGCCUUGGAGCUGGAGCUGCUGGACAAAUAUGCACGGCAGACCUUGAAGGGCAUGGAGAGCCAAGAGGAGUUUGAUUUGCCAAGUUCCAGUCUGGAUGACACAGACGGAGAACCCGACCUGACAGAGGAGGAGUUGUCCUUGGUCGUGGCCAAUGGCCGGGGCACCAGGAAAAUCAAGGCUUCCAAGCGUACCCGGAGUCGCAAAGCCCCGCCUAGCCCGUCUGACGCUGAAGCCCUUGAAGUCGACUCUGAAGAAGACCUGCAGAUUGAUGAGACGCCGCGCCGGGAAAGACGAAGCCUGGUGCUACGCAAGAGACUCCCCAAAUUUCCCCGGAAGCUGCCGCGAGCCAAACCCUGUUCCGACCCGAACCGAGUGCGAGAGCCGGGGGAAGUGGAGUUUGACAUUGAGGAGGACUAUACCACAGAAGAGGAGGAGGAAGAGGAGGUGUCUGGCGAUGAGCAGCUAGAGGGCAGCAGCAGCGCCGGCGGGAUCCUGGACCUGCUGAAAGCCAGUCGGCAGGUGGGCGGUGCAGACUACGACGAGCUCAGUGAUGCCCCUGCCUCCCCCAGCACCCAGGAAGCCAUCCAGGGGAUGCUGUGCAUGGCCAACCUCCAAUCUUCGCCGUCCUCCCCGGGCGCCUCCGCGUUGCAGGCCUGGCUGGCGGCCGGUGGGCACGAGCGUGGCUCUGCAGGAUCCUCCGGGGCUCAGCGCUCAGGGAAGAGGCCCAUCAAGCGCCCGGCCCACCACAGCACCGAGAGCGAGGAAGAGGAGGCCAGCAUGGAUGAACAGGAGAGCCUCGGGACCUGCUUCAAGGACGCCGAAUACAUUUAUCCUUCCUUGGAAUCUGAUGAAGAUGACCCAGCAUUGAAGUCACUACCAAAGAAGAAGAAAUGCACAGACGAUGCCCCAUGGAGCCCGAAGGCCCGGGUCACCCCAAGCUUGCCCAAGCAGGACCGCCCUGUACGUGAGGGCACUCGAGUGGCUUCCGUCGAGACGGGACUGGCAGCUGCAGCAGCCAAGUUGGCUCAGCAGGAGCACCAGAAGCUGCAGCGAAGGAAACUUGUUGUGAAAAGGAAACCGCCAUCUCCAAAGGCACCCAGCCCAGAACCGGAGCCGGAACCAGUGGAGGAAGAAGUGGAACUUGACCUGCUGCCGCAGCAGGACCCAGACCCUGUGGUGACGCUGGUGCCCACCCCUCCAACACCCGAGCCCAAACAAGAGCAGUUCGCAGGCAGCCUCGUGGAUCACGAAUACACCGCCCGGCCCAGCGUCUUUGGCAUGGCCCAGGUGAACCGUGGCUCCACACCCAUGGCGCCAGGUGUCUUCCUGUCCCAGCGGCGCCCUUCAACUGGCUCGCCAGGUCCCCAAGCCACACAGGGGAAGCGCCCCAAGAAGGGCUUAGCAACAGCCAAGCAGCGGCUCGGCCGCAUCCUGAAGAUCCAUCGCAACGGCAAGCUGCUACUCUAAACAUGGUCAGUUCCAGUCCUCACCCCCUUGGAUGGCUGAGGAGGGGCGCAGAGACGCUUUUGGAGGCUUACUGCCAGGACAAUGGGGGGUGGACCUGGUCCGCAUGACCCCUCGUGCUCCCCACAUGGAUCAGAGCCAGGACUGAGCUGACCCUGCUGCCAGAAGCUUUGAACUAGAUGGGCGGCGGCUCUGGAAUCAGGCUGAACAGCACCAGCUUCCCCAGGGAGGUGGCAUCCACGCAGCCGGCCAAGGGCUCCCCCAGGCCCACAGACUCUGGAUCCCUACCUCAACCCAAUGCACUUCCUUUCGUUCUGGGGCUGAUACCUCGGGAGGAUUCUCCUUUCCCUCUGCCAAAUCACACAAGGAGGCAUCGGUUAGCCUCUGGCUGCCCAAAACAGCUCCAUCCCCCUUCUGAACUGUGGCUGUUGCACACAAAUCCUGGCAUCUCAGUGUGGUAUUACUUUUUUGUUUUGUUUUUUCUUUCUCAAUGGCUUUUCCCAGCAGGAAACAACUUCUCCUUCCUUCCUUCCUUCCUUCCUUCCUUCCUUCCUUCCUUCCUUCCUUCCUUCCUUCCUUCCUUCCUUCCUUCCUUCCUUCCUUCCUUCCUUCCUUCCUUCCUUCCUUCCUUCCUUCCUCCCUCCCUCCCUCCCUCCCUCCCUCCCUCCCUCCCUCCCUCCCUCCCCAUCCCAUGGAGGCACUCCUCAAGACUCAACAUCUCCUUGUUGGCAGUGCCUUGUUUUCUGUACCCUGCAGAGUAACCCACCUACUGAGGAGACUCCAAGGAGGCAGGAAUCUGUCCCGUUCCCCCCCGCCCCCCCACGCCCCAGAUGGAAAAUGCAGUGGUGUUUUCCUUGUGCUCUUUCUCAGAAACCUGGGGCAGGCUGGUAAAAGGUCCAAGCCGGCACAGUGGAGAACGCCCUUGUGUUGACUUUGAAGACUUUCAGUCAGGCUUUGGGGAGUGGGGCGGGUUGAAUAACUAGUGAUAUCUUCACUCGAUUUAUCUAGUCCUGGGCCAUUCCCCUUCUAAGUGUGGGGUAGGAGGGGUGUCCAGGCCUGUGGAUAAUUGAAUACCACCGCUGUCACAGUAAACCUUGAUCUUUCAAAACUAGCAUGUCAAGGAAGAGGCCGGCUUAGAACCCGCUCUGUGGCUUGACUGUCGCGCAUCAGUGGGGGGUCUGUAUGUCGUGUUUUGAAUCUGAGGAACGUCCAGUCUUGCAGUCAGAAGUGGUACAGUCCAGCAUUGGAUGCUUCCUGAUGGCUGCAGACUCCAGGGCUCCCUGGAAAUGGGUCUGAGUGGCCCCGCCUGGGGUGGAUCCAGUGAGCUUCUCGCUAGGGAAUGUCAGGGGUCAGUGUAGCUUCAGUGGUGGUUCCUGUGGCGAGUCUCCUGCUAAUUUCCCCUCUCCCGUUUUUACAUUUUUGCCAGAAAGCCGUCUUCCCUGCCCCUCCCGCUCCCCCCCUUCCCUGUAGCAGGCGGGAGCUGGGAGGGGGGGGGAGGGCACCCUGCCUUCCCAGCAAGGACUGCAAGGCCUUUUUAGCCAGCCCCACGGCUGUUUCUAUGGCUGUAUCCCAUAUUUUUAUGCUGGGCUCCAGCAGGCUUGUGUAAAUGUUUGAAUUCUAUUUUUUAGGCAACUCUCUAGAAAUGUGUGUUUAAAAAGAAAACAAAAGGAGGCUGAGACUUUUUUUAUAUAUUCAGGGUUAGAAUAAAAACCUUUGUUGGUUUAGUAUG